AUGGCUACACUACUGAUUCACAUUUUGUUGUACAUUCUAAACUUGCAUUCAAUCAGUAGCCAACUUCAAAUUAAUCUGUAUCUAACAAAUUGGAAGAGUGGGGAUGAAAAAUAUGACGGUCUACUACAUCACUGUCUGUAUGCUACAUCUGCAGUGACAGACGAUCGUGAACCUUACCAGAUAAUUCCCUAUUGUCUCAGUGAAUGGCCAUCGACGUGGAAUAUACAAGACAAUCAUAUCGAUUCGAAGUUUACCUUUGUUCAAUUAGCAUCGGAAAGCAUCACCAGUGAACAGUUAUAUCUUUGGUCAGCACCAAUGGAUAUUAUUCAACGGUAUCAGAAUUAUCUUGAUAGCUUGUCCGAUUUGACUCUCGAGUCCAUGGGUAAAGAAAUUUUCUACAACUGUACACUGCCAAAUUUUGGUCCAUCCUGUGAAUACAGUUUACUUGCUUACAAAUCUCAUCAAUCAUCGCUGGAUCAAAUCGUUAGAGCAUAUUACAGAACCAAUCCGUACGAACCAACGAGCCUAACAUGUUACAUGCAUCUACAAUGCGAUCGAGGUUCACCGGCCGUUUGUCUUGAUUGGACUGAAAUAUGUGAUGGAAAAGUCGAUUGCUUCGAUGGUGGCCGCGACGAAGAACACUGUUGGCAAAUGGAAAUAAACCAGUGUAAUGAGAACGAAUUUCGCUGUCUCGAUGGGCAAUGUAUACCCAUGGCGUUUCUUCGUGAAGUGGAGUUUCAUUUCGAUUGUCUUGAUCUUUACGAUGAUUCACUAUUUGAUGAUAUGUUACCAUCUUUUGAGACUAAGUUCUCAGGCGAACCAACAUUCGGAUAUGAGGACGUUUCCUGUGCGAAAAUAGGUAAUUUUCUCUUGAGUCAUAUUUCUAGUUCAUGCGUUGAGAAACGCGAUGAAUUACUCUUCGACAUACUGUUCUCUAUCAAACCGAUAAGCAUAAAAUCCGAUGAAUGUUGGAAAGCAUUCAAAUGCAUCAUCCAUAUGCCUGUUUCAAAUGAAGAAUUUUGUCGCGAAUUUUGUACUGAUGGAAGGUGCGAUGACAUUGUCACAAAAAGUUGUCCCAAUAUUAUUUAUACAACAGCUCGUCCGAUUUUAUUGACUCAUAUAUUUAUAGUCUAUGAAAAUAAGGCUUUACGAUAUACAGAUAGCGACACAGAUAUUCCUAAACCAACUUAUGUUUGUUACAAUGGUACACUUCUUCAUUUACCUGCUAAUGAAGAAACAUUUAUAUUACUUGAUAAUAUGACAUGCCGUUUUCAUCAGGAUUCAAUAGUCAAUGACGAUAGGUACAAACCUGGCUGGAUUAAAUCACAUAUUGAUCCAUUAUAUCGAUGGUUGCGAAUAUGGUCAUCAUCGAUUUAUAAUGAUUCAAAAUUAUGUGACGAAUACAACCUGUAUCGAUGCAUUGAUUCGCACAAAUGUGUCUCUAAACAUCGUUUGUUAGAUAGAAUUCAAGAUUGUUAUCACAAAGACGACGAAGAUGUCUCGGUGUUGAACAGGAACUGUUCGACGCAACAGUCGCCGAAUUAUUUUAAGUGUGAGACAACGAACGAAUGCAUUCCUCUUCGUUUAGUCCGUGAUGGAAAGUGCCAUUGUACACCGAACCAAAUCUUCGGACAGUACACUAAAUGUGAUGAUGAAAAUCGCGCAGGUCAGGAUUUUCGAAGUCAAAUUAUUUUCCCUUUCAUUUGUGACCACAUGACACAUCUUUACCCCAAACUAAUUGAUGGUCGAAAUCAAACUGAUGAAACAGACUGCGAACAUUGGCCGUGUAACAAUAUUUACACUCGCUGUAAUAAAUGGUGGAACUGUCCAAAUGGUGCUGAUGAACUUAAUUGCAGUCCGUCACCGGUAUUAAAUUGUUCAUCAGAUAGUCAUAUAUGUGGCUCAUUUAAGACGAAUGAGCUCAUAUGUUUACCCAUCGAAAAAGCGAAUGAUGGUGUUGUUGACUGCAUUGGCGCUACUGAUGAACCCAACAUAUGUCGACUGGGAGAACGAGUUGGUGUAGAUGGCACGUUUCAUUGCUUAAACAGCAGUCGUCGAUCUUGUAUACGAUGGUAUCAGAUAUGCGAUGGAAUACCGCAUUGUAAAAAUGGCGAGGAUGAACAUAUAUGUAGUAGUAUUAGUGAUGCUGAACCGAACACCUGGUUUUGUCAAUCGUCAACCACUGACGCCGUUUUUGACCCACAAGACGUAUUUUGUAGCCCGUUUUACAAAGCAGACGUUACUGUCAUCAUUCAUUCGUAUUUCAAACUAGAAGAAACUCCAAGGUUACACACAACAAAAGCCGCUGGCAAGAUCAGUCAUAUACAAUCUCUUCAGUCGACUGCUGAAACUAAAAGUCAUCGACAACGUUGCCAUCGAGGCCUGGACCUACAAGUUUGGCUAAAUAAAAAAAGCAACUUAACAGAAUUAGUUUGCCUUUGUCCACCUAGUUUCUAUGGAAAUCAGUGCCAAUUUCAAAACCAACGAAUCAGUGUUACAGUCCAAUUUCUUGUCUCAUCAGAUUCGAUAGAGAUACCAAUUAUAAUCGUUUUCUCAUUGAUGGACAAUAGUUCUCAACAAAUAAUUCAUUCCAAUGAACAAAUCACUUAUUUAUCAAAAAAAUAUUGCCGGAAGAAAUUCAACUUUUAUUUACUAUAUUCCACUCGACCCAAAGAUGCAAACAAAGAAUAUUUUAUUCAUAUCGAUAUUUAUGAAAGAGAAACAUUGACUCACCGCGGAAGUAUGAUCAAAACAAUUUUAUUUGCAUUCCUACCAGUCUAUCGUCUGUCAUUUCAAAUGAACGUACCAAGUAUUUUUGACAAACCAGAGAAUUGUUUAGACAGUCAAUGUAUCAAUGGGAAAUGUAUCAAAUAUUUCGAUGAUUUAAACGUUCGGACUUUUUGUCAAUGCAAACCUGGAUGGAGUGGUCGUCAUUGUGAUAUUUCAUAUCAUUGCACAUGCUCAUCAGAUUCCUUAUGUAUUGGUAUUUUACAAAGCAAUCGAUCGAUCUGCGUUUGUCCUUUGCAGAAAAUGGGUGGUCAAUGCUUGCUAAAUAAUACCUUUUUAUGCGAAAAUGACAAAAAACCAAUAUGUUCAAAUGGUGGUCGAUGUUUAAUUAUCAAUGAAUAUCGAACAAUCGAUAAGCAAGUCAUUUGUAUUUGUCCGAAGGCAUUUGCCGGUGAAAGAUGCGAAAAGCUUCAAACAAAAAUUACUGUUUCAUUCGGUAAUGGUAUUUCUGUACCAACUGCCAUUUAUAUCCAUUUUAUUACAGUUAAUAAAAAUGAAAUGCCGCAGCAUACCACCAAUUAUAAAAUAAUUCCAUUCGGGCAACGUUCUGUGACUAUCUAUUGGUCAUAUGAAUUUCAUCUUAUGUUCAUCGAGUGGAAUCAAAAAUACUAUUUAAGUAUCCUACAAAAACAACAUAAUCUAUCGGCAAUAAUUCAACGAACGCUUCACCCGUCAGAUCGUUGUCUACAUAUUAAUGAAUUAUUCAAUGAAACUAUUUUAAACCUUCAUAUUCUUCAUCGUAUUAAAUAUUACCACCUGCCAUGUUCAUCUCAACCUUUGGCUUGUUUCUAUGAUGAAACCUACUUAUGUAUAUGCCAAUACCACUAUGGUCAACAUAUUUCGAAUUGUUUCGAAUUUGCACAUAAUAAGACGCAGAGAUGUUUGAGCAGAAGUGAUUGUAUGCAUGGUGGUGAUUGUCUUCAAGAUAAUUUAAAAUGUCCAACGACAUCAUUAUGUGUAUGUGCUAAAUGUUAUUAUGGUACCCAAUGUCAAUUAAGCACGUAUGGCUUUAGCUUAUCUCUGGAUGCCAUUCUUGGUUAUCAUAUCCAGCCAAAGUAUGGAAUAUCUGAUCAAUCGUACCUAGUUAUUCUGAGUGUAAUCAUAACUACCAUUGUGAUAGUUGUGAGUUUAAUCAAUGUUAUUUUAUCAUUGAUUACUUUUAAAGAGAAAGUCACUCGACAAUCCGAUUGUGGGAUUUAUCUUUUAUGUUCAUCGAUCAUUAUUUUAUUGACAAGUGUGAUAUUUGCAUUGAAAUUUUCAAUACUUUUAUUCUCACAUAUAAAAUUAAUUCAGAAUCAAGUAUUUCUAAAGGCGCAGUGCUAUUCCAUAGACUUUCUUCUCCGAUUUUGUUUAACAAUGGAUCAAUGGUUAAUUGCAUGUGUUAGUGUUGAACGAUCAUUUAUUGUCAUCAAAGGUCUACAUUUUAAGAAGAAAAAAACGCGAUCGUUGGCUAAUUGGGUCAUAUUCGUCUUGCUAUCAAUCGUUAUUGGUACAACUAUUCAUGAUCCAAUUCAUCGAAGAUUAUUCAUAGAAAAUAAUGAUGAACAAAAUCGAAUUUGGUGUAUUGUUGAAUAUCCAACUGCUAUGCAACUAUACAAUUCAAUCAUAAGUAUUUCACAUCUUGUUUUACCUUUUAUCAUCAAUAUCACAUCGGCUAUUCUAAUCAUCACUAUCAGUACUAAACAGCAAGUAAAUCUGCAAAAACGGCGAACGUUUAAACGAGUAUUACAGGAAGAAAUACAAAAGCAUCGCAGUUUCCUCACUGGACCAUUUGUAUUGACUAUACUUGGUAUUCCACGUUUAAUUCUCACAGUUGUAUCAGGUUGUAUGGAAUCUAGUAAUCAUUCGUGGCUAUUUCUUUUAGGAUAUUAUAUAUCGCUAAUUCCAACGUUGCUUACAUUUGUUCUCUUUAUUUUGCCGUCAACCAUAUAUAAACAAGCGUUUGAUAAAGCUGUUCGUGAAUAUAAAAGUACCUUGAGAACAUGGUUUACCAGGGUAGUUCAUCAAAGUUAA